GGUUGGGUGAGUUAACGCCACGCAAAUCGUAACAGCGCGCUGCAGUGUGGGUGCUCGCGGACGUGGGGCUCUGUUAGUCACGCCCACUCGUCACCACUGGCCCCGCCUUCUCGCCGGUAAAUCACUGUUUGUUGUAAAGGGGCUGAGGCGCAAGCCGUAGACUCGCUGCACGGACACUGACAGCUGCGCGCGCGAGUUAAACCACUCCGGGUUUAAAUGUUAAACGACUUUCAAAUUCACUGGAUUUUAUUUGAGUGCGGCUAAAAGGAUUUUGUCCUUAAUAAGAGACAGAAGCUGCUGGGGAGAGUUUGGGCAAGUUUGAAGCAAAACAACAAACAUUACUUGGUUUUGAAAAGGAAGCCAGAGAAAAUUUCUUUUCCCAGUUCAUCUCUGAGGGCCAGAUGUUAUGUCAACAGCCCAGUGAUGAAAAGGGAACAAAGCCAGGGCUGAGUGUCAGCAGCACCAUGAAGCCCUUCUUCCAUCUGCUGCUACCCUUGCUCCUCUAUCUGCAUUUGGCUUCCUGGACAUUGGCCAGUAGCUGUCCAAAAGACUGUUCCUGUUCAAGUCAUGACUCCAUUCUCUGUUAUACACGCCAGGCAAUAACCAUGCCUUCUGACGUCCCUGCAUCAACAAAAAACCUGUAUGUCUUUAAGAAUGGCAUUGAGACCAUAGACCAGGAAGAUUUUAUUGGGUUGGAAAGCCUAGAGAUGCUCGACUUAAGUCAGAACAAGCUGAAAGAUCUACCAGAUCGGGUGUUUGAGCCACUAUCUUCCCUACGUAACUUGGAUCUUUCAGCUAACCAAAUCACCCAUAUUUCUCAUCAGAGUUUUGCUGGACUGGAGUUGCUGGAAAGGCUCUAUCUUCACACCAAUGUCAUUAAGAGCAUACACCCUGCAGCUUUUGCUGGUCUGGAGCAGUUACUCGAGUUAAAGCUGUACAGAAAUGAGCUGGCAACAUUACCUGCUCUUGAAAUGCCCCAUCUGCUUCUCCUGGAUCUGCGGUUCAAUAAAAUCCCUUCACCAGGCCCAGCUGACAUCCAGACACCCAAAUUAGAGUCACUUAAGUUGGGUGGAUUAGGACUGAGCACUCUGAAUCAGGAACUCUUGGGUAGCUUUAAGAACCUUCAUGAACUGGAUAUUUCAAACAAUCAACUGAAGGUUUUACCUCAAGUGCUUUGGAAGGCAAAGGGCUUGGUCAGACUCAGUUUAGCUGGCAAUCCUGUAGGUCCAUUAAAGUGGGAAAAUUUUGAGAACCUGAAUGAACUGCAGGAGUUGGACAUCAGCAACCUCAGUCUGCAGAGUUUGCCUGAUAACAUGACCCUGCUCUUCCCUCACAUGAAAAAAAUUACUGUUGCAGAGAAUCCCUUUAACUGUCUCUGCACACUUGCCUGGUUUCCCAACUGGCUGCGUAACAAACAGAUAUUGCUGGGAAGGACAGAGGAGACCCGCUGUCAUUUUCCACCCAGGAAUGCAGGAAAGGUGUUGGAAAGACUAGGACAUCAUGAAUUUGGAUGCCCUUCAAGGACUACUAUCAGUCCAGCUAAGACGACCACACUGGUCCCACCUCUAAUCACCACUUUGCAUACCACACCACAUGCAAUUCUCCCUCUUAAGCCUAGCGAUGAACCUUCUUUAGAGACAGACAGUCAUCCUCUACUUCCAGACCCAGCUUCCCCAAGCAGCAGUACAGGAUCAGAUCUGAAUAUAAAUUUUUGUCCGUCCAGUAUCUGCCUAAAUGGAGGCACAUGUUGGCUAGAUCAUCAGCGUCAUUUUGGGUGCACUUGUCCUCGUGGGGCUUCAGGGAAAUAUUGUGAAAAUAAGGAGGUUUUGGAUCUACCUGAAGAUUUCUCUACAGCAACGGUCAGCGGGAUGUCUGAAAUCUUUGCAACAAAGGUAACAAGCUCAUCAAUACUGCUAGAUCUUUAUCGCUACAUUGAGAGGCGUCCAUACAUUCGUGGUGUCAAACUAACUUAUAAAAACCUCUCAGGAUCAGAUAAACGUCCAAAGCAACUCAAUAUUCCAGCCUUUUAUGCAGAGUACACAAUGCGUGGACUGCUUCCAAAUUCCACUUAUUUCAUCUGUGCCAGUCCACUGGACGAGCCCAAUGAUGAAGACAGUGUAUGCACAGAGGCUCAGACAUUAAACCAGCAGUACACCAGUGCACAAGUAGAAGAUCCACAGCUCACAACGAUGCUUGUGCCAGCAUUGGCUAUUCUUUUCCUGUUAGUGCUAGUGGCAGUUGCUGUUGGUGUGGCUUGGUACAUAAACAGAAAAAAAAGAAAACAAUUACACCUGUAUUGUGACCCUUCCCAACUGGAAUUGGAGGGUGUUAAAGCAGAUAUGGACAAUGGAGCCCUGCCACAAAAGCAGCCAGAUAUAAUGUCAUCUCAAUCAGCAGUGCAGAAAGAUUAUUUGGACUAUGAGAUGCCACUCAUACAAGAUUGCUGUGUUGCAAACAACUUGAACACUUUAAAGCCAUCCUGAGUUUGAUACUUGGAGCUACUUUUAAAGAGCAAAGGAAAAUAAAGCAUGAAUUAUAUGAUCUUGUCAGGACUGUCUCAGCAAAUGAAACUAAAGACAAAUAUAUGAGAAAUGCUGCCUGUUUAAAUGUCUUCAAUUAAAACCAGCGGUAUUUUGGGUAAAAAUGUAGCACAAAAAUAGAUGGUUGAACCAUCAAGGCAUUAUUUUGCUGAGUAUCCCACAUGUAGAACUCUGGAACAUUUGUGCUUCGAGAACAAUGUACAACAUGUGUUUGAAAAUGAAGAUAAGGACUUCUUUAGUUAUGUAAAGACAGAUAAUUGUGUUGCUUUUAAUUGUGGCACGUGAAGUCAUUUAUAUUGUUGCAUAUUAAUGUAUAUUACUGAUUGUUUAAGUUUGUGUGUUUUCAGUAUAUAAAUACGAGUUCUUCUUCCUUUGCCUCUUUUGACUAUGACGCAGACAACAAAAAUUCUGAAUAUAUAUAAAUAUGCUAGUACCAACGAUUCAAUCAAAGAAUUGUUUCUACAAAGAAAGACAGACAGUCUAGAUAAAAGUUUUAUUUAAUUAAGAAAAUAAUUGAAACUAACUAAAGCCCCUCUUGUAUUUGAGCCUUGUUUUUAAUCUUUCACAAACAGGUUAGUAAAUUUAAAAAGUUACAUAUUGUACACAAAUCCUCAUUAGUACAUUUAUUUUGUUGUCUACAUCAGAUGGGCAUAAAAGUUUCAAAGAGACACGAGUUUCCUGUAUCUCACAUAAAAACAAUGAAAGAUCCUAUUGUAACACACAUUUCAAAUGACUGUAUAUUUUCAUACAGAUAUUCUAGUGAGUACAGUUUCUUUAUUGAUAUUUAAUAUGCAAAAGUAAAUUAAAAGGGAAACUACAGUGGCAAAGUGGUAUAGCACUUCCAAAAUCCUAUUAUUAUUUGAAUCCAUUUAACAUCUUGUGCUCGAGCCUUUUUCACGAGUCACCCAUUAAAGGUUAUGAAAUGUUUUAUUUGUGUUCACUCAGUUCUGUUUCCUGAACACAUCUACCUCUGUCAUUAGCAUGGAUUUAAGUUAACAUACAUUUAACUAGUAAAAAUUUGCUAAUUAUAUUCUAGAAAAAACCCACAACCCAAAACCCACAACAAUGUAAAAUUGACCUAGUAGACUGAGAUUGGUUAAAGCAAUUUUUGUAAGGAUAUAUGUAAUAUUUCCAUACUGCAAUGUGUGUGCGUGUGUGUGUGUGUGUGUGUAUAUAUAUAUAUAUAUAUAUAUAUAUAUAUAUAUAUAUAUAUAUAUAUAUAUAUAUAAAGAAAAAAAGGGUUAAAAAAAACAAACGUAAAUGACUCCACAAUUGUUAAAUUACCAUGAUCAAACAAGUAUUUUGCUGCUCAGACCCAGCUGCUCGAGCACAGAAACCAUCUAAAUAUCCGUACAUAAUUUUACUGUAACAGUAUAUUACUUGAAUGAGACUUUGGAUUCAAAUACAAAGACAGUAUAGACCCAAAUAAUCUCAUUUUAAAACUACAUUCAACCAAAAAAUAGUGAAAGGGCAGAUGUGUUGAUUUGUUGGCUUGCCUCAGUGAGAAACAGCAUUACUGUUUAGCCAGUAGCUCUGUACUUGGUCAGUGUAAACAUUGCAUAGAUGGAUGGAUGUGUCAUUUGAAGCUAUGCUGUUCAAUAGGUACAAAUGUCUAAACUGGAAAAUAAGUGUGAACUCUAUGAAGCAUUGAAAAUAUUUCUUUAUUUUCAAUAUGCAUGUUUGUUUUUCCCUAUUUUUGGGGAAUAUUUUAUUUGUGUACUGGUUGCUUAAGUUGUAUAUAUUUGAACAGUAGCAUUGUGUAAAAUAUAAUGCAAAUAAAUACAAAUAAAAUCUG